AUGGAUUACCUUGACUAUUUCAAUGACAGUAAGAGACCACCACCAAGACCAGAAAGAAGGUUGCUAAAAGACAGGAGCAACCCACUAAAUGAUUUUGAUGAUUUACAUUUUCUUGACCGUUUCCGUAUGUCAAAGGAAAAUGCAACAGAAAUAAUUGGUUUGCUGCAGCCCAAGCUUACAGGUGACUUAGUCAGAGGCACCCCUAUUUCUCCUGCCUUACAAAUAUUAUUUACCUUAAGGUUUUUGGCAUGUGGAACCUACCAUCGGGAAACUGGGGAUUUGUGUGGUGUAGGUGAAUCAACAGUGUGCAAAAUAGUACACAAAGUCUGCAGUGCUAUAUGUGAACUGAAAAAGGAUUUCAUCAAGUUCCCAAAUGCUGCUGAACAGGCCACCUGCAAGGUAGAUUUCUAUGAAUAUGGGAACUUCCCUGGAGUCAUUGGUUGUAUCGAUGGCUGCCACAUUCCCAUCAAGUGUCCCUCUACAGCAGAUGCUGAGGAAUUCAGAAAUCGUAAAAACUGGUUUUCAAUAAAUGUACAAGGAGUGUGCACUCCCACUAUGCAGUUCUCCAAUAUUGUUGCACGCUGGAAAGGUUCAACUCAUGACUCAAGGAUUUUCUACAACUCCUCUUUAUAUACUCAGUUUGAAGCAAGACAACACUCUGGAAUUCUACUUGGUGACAGUGGGUAUGCGCAGACAAACUUCUUGUUCACCUCUUAUCCCCAUCCAGUCAGACCAGAGCAACAGCGCUAUAACCAAGCUCACAUUCUCACCAGAGGGCUAAUAGAGCAUGUUUGA